AUGACCAAAGGCAUGAACAGUUUCAUCCCGUGUGAGGGCUUCGAGGGCGAGCACCUGGACGUCCAUACAAUGAUGAACGUCAUGACCUUUCAGGAUGCUCUUCCAGGGAAACAGACUGCUUGUAAUGGUUAUCGACUAAACAAGGACAUCCUGAAUCAGUUGAACAAGGUCUGCAGGAUAAAGGUCGCGGCUGGAGGAAAUGUUGAAAGCAGAAUCAAUCUCAUCAUGCUUGGAAUGCCCUGGACGGCCGUUGUCCUUGAGGAUGGAGCGAUUACGCAAGGUUGGCAGUGGGUUUUGAUCAAGUUCCUGUCCUCCGUCGUCGUCCGCGUUUGCGCCUCCGAUAGUAGCAGUCCCUUGACUUCUGUCAUUAUUGGAACAUACAUGGGACCGUCACUUUGCGUCUAUGGACAAGGGAGUAGGAAGUUCCAAACGUGGUUAUCGCGUGUGAAGACAGCACGAGCAGCUCAGCAGAAGCAAAGUGCCUCCUCAAUUGCACUUCCGACACCACAAUCAGACAAGCGCCAACGACGAUUAGACGCGUACUUUUUGCCCUCUCUUCCUCCCCCGACUCCUUCUCACCCCCCCUCGGCACCUUCUCCUCCCGCAGCAUCUUCUCCUCCUGCCUGGGCCGCUUAUCGUCGGGCCCUGCGCGGACUAGGCAUGGCAAAGGAUACACUUCAGGCAAUCAUCCAAGAUGACGAUGAUGAUGACGUCCCGUCUUUGGCGUCUCCGUCCAAGAAGAGGAUGACAGCGGCUGUGAGUCUCCUGGAUCCCCUUCCCCUGGACACCGAUCCUUGUGGAGAGAUCUUCCGUGUUGGACGUCAGUCUCUCAAACCGCAAGUCUACGUUUUGUCAGGAUCACGGCAUCUCGGAUCGUAUCGCAUCAAGACUUCAUUGGCGAUGAACCUGGACAGACUGAUCGAAAGCUUCCUGGCGCAACCCCUGAGUCCAUCAGCGCAGAGCUUGAAGCCAUACCUGUAUUACGAGUAUCCAUACUACUGGCAUGUUCUUCAUAUGGGUGUCGGGUCUCAUGACAAGAUCCUGGAGGCCGUGUACGCUUUCGUCGUUAAAGGUGGGCUGCGUCGACAAGCCAUGAAUCUGAAUGUCAACGUCGCGACAUUCGCUGGCAACUACGACAAGAAGAUACAAGCAUAUUUCUGUCUGCCAUUGAUUGCCUAUUUCUCUUUGGAGCUCCCACACGCCGAAGAAGUUGAGAGGUGUGAGAAGUGGACACCCGAAGAGCAAAGAGAGGUGCUCAGAACGGGCGAGAAACUCCCCGUAGUUGACCGUUUACUCCUUGGACACGAUGGGCGGAAGCUCUUCCACAUCGGACAGCAAUAUGGCCUCACAAAGAAAGAGUUUGACUGCUUCCUGACAAUCCCGACCCCCCGUCGUGGCGAGAGGGUUUUCUACCCGUAUCACGUCCUGUCAAGGUCUCAAGCUGAGGAAAAUGGGUGGGAUUGGAAUACGGUCAAGUCAAAGAGCCUUUUCCUAGUGCGGACUAUGACCAAGUACUGCAACAGGUGGGCAGUGGGCGCCGAGCUUCAAGAGAAACAUGCUACUGAGGCCUUGACGUUAUUUUUGGCCUCGUAUUACUGCGAAAAGAUUGCUCGUCAUCAGCUGAAAAUGUCCCUAGCCAAAGGACCAGACCAUGGCAUCGCCAUGAUGCUUGGGCUCCAAGUUCCCAGCCUUGAGAAGUUCGACCCCCUCAAGCAUAUUGAUGUCAGUCAGCGGACGGUAGAAAUAGAUGCCUGGCUUACGAAUGGCACCAUGUACGAGUUCAACAUGGCCGACUGGGACUCGAUCCGCACGCUUACACGCAGUGUCCCUCUUCAUUAUGGCUUAUGGACAGUCGAUGAGAGACUAGGAGACCGUUUCUGGAACUGGUCUCAGACGCCCUCGCUUCGCCCUGUGAUGCCGUCGCCAGCUUUCGCCAUGCCCCUGCUACCGAUUGACGACUGGCUCAAUGGUGCUGAUCAAGGCGUUCUCCAGCAGCAGUGUUGCGGUGAACAGUUUUCGACCAUCGGCCUGCUUCUUUGCCAUUGCUAA